AUGACGUUAUUUCAAAAUGGUCUGUUCGGUUGUUUAAAAAAAUUGACUAUAAUUAUUUUGAUUGUCGCUAUUGCUAUUCCUCUUCGAUAUGGUUCAACUAGUCCUUCGUAUCUUGCUGUUCGUUUAAUACAUUCAAUGUUUUCAUUAAAAAAUUCUCUUAUACCAGAUAAAACUCGACCAACAUUAAGUGCUGAUUAUCGAGCAUUUGAAGAUUUGAUUCGUAUGAAACCAUUAACAAAAAUUGAUACAUCAGUAGAUCCACUUGUUAUAAUUAAAGAAUUACGUUUGACUAUGGGACAAACUAACAUUAGUCCGAAACCAGCUGAAUGUCAAAUUAGAAAAGAAAUAUUUAAAUAUAAUGCACAUACAACAGAUGGAUAUUGGGUUUCUAAUCAACUGAAAAGUUCAUCUAAGAAUAGUGAUAAAAUAUUAAUUUAUAUUCAUGGUGGAGGCUUUAUGACUGGUGAUAUUAAUACGUAUAGUGGUUUUGAAUGUUAUUUAUCUCGUAUAUUCAAUAUAAAUGUUCUUCAUGUAGAAUAUCGUCUUGUUCCAGAACAUCCAUAUCCAGCUGCUGUUGAUGAUACAAUUGCACUCUACCAUGCUCUACUUGAUCAAAAUAUUUCAUCAUCUCGGAUGAUGAUUAUGGGUGAUUCAGCUGGUGGUGGUCUUACAUUACAAACAAUGCAAGCAUUAAUUACUCGUGAACUUCCUGUUCCUCGUGGUGUUAUUCUUCUAUCACCUUGGGCUGAUAUUUCAUCAUCUGGAGAAAGUUAUACGCGUAAUCGUCCUAUUGAUCCAAUUCUUUUCGAUCAUAAUAGUACCUGGGUAGCCGCACAAAUACUAGGUCCUAAACAAAUUCAUUUUUCUCAUAAGGAUCCUCUCAUUAGUCCUUUAUAUGGUUCAUUCAAAGGAUUUCCACCAAUGUAUGUUAAUGUUGGUACAGCUGAAAUAACAGAAGAUGAUUCAAGAGAAAUUGUUAAGAGAGCAAAACAAGCAAAUGUUGAUGUUACACUUGAAGUAGCUGUACAUUUAAUGCAUGUUUAUCCAAUAUUUUAUCUUUACUAUCCUGAAGCACGAAAUACAAUUGAUAAUAUUAACGAAUGGAUGAAAACAAAAUUCGACUAA